AUUUAAAAUUACAAUGUGUUUUAUAUAAAUUUAAUUAUAUUUGUCCACAACCUGCGCCGCUCUGAAUUCCCCUGCCCGCCAUCUCUCUCUCUCUCUCUCUCUCUCCACGGGUAGCAGCGGGUGUGUGAGAUGGCCUUUGAUCUAGAAUCCCUGUCGGAGGCGACUUCGGGGGCCGUCGGAGCUCUCUUGAGCACAACGAUCUUGUACCCUCUUGAUACCUGUAAGACCAAGUACCAGGCCGAGGCUCGAGCCCAAGGACAACAAAAAUACAGGAAUCUCUCGGAUGUUCUGUUGGAAGCAAUUUCAACUCGUCAGGUUCUUUCGCUGUAUCAAGGUUUGGGGACAAAGAACCUGCAAUCGUUCAUUGCUCAGUUUGUUUACUUUUAUGGGUACAGCUAUUUCAAAAGAACAUAUUUGGAAUUCAGUGGUUCUAAAUUUAUUGGGACAAAAGUAAAUUUAAUUGUCGCUGCUGCUGCUGGGGCUUGUACUGCAAUCAUUACCCAGCCUCUGGAUACAGCAUCCUCGAGGAUGCAGACAAGUGCCUUUGGAAAAUCCAAAGGGCUUUGGGCAACCCUCACCGAAGGUACUUGGAGUGAAGCAUUUGAUGGCCUUGGCAUCUCUCUUCUUUUGACCUCAAACCCUGCUAUUCAGUAUACGGUUUUUGAUCAGCUGAAACAAAGACUCUUAAAGGAAAAGCUCAAAAAUACACAGAAGGGGUCGUCCCCUCAAGCUCUUUCUGCCUUCUCAGCUUUUGUGCUAGGUGCAAUAUCAAAGAGCAUUGCCACCAUUUUAACGUAUCCAGCAAUCAGGUGUAAGGUCAUGAUUCAAGCUGCAGAUUCGAAUGAUGAUGGAGCCAAGAAGGAUCGGCGAAGAUCACAGAAAACAAUUUCUGGCAUUAUUUAUUCUAUUUGGAGAAAAGAAGGGGUGUUGGGUUUUUUUAAAGGAUUGCAUGCUCAGAUCUUGAAAACUGUUUUGAGCUCUGCGUUACUUCUGAUGAUCAAAGAGAAAAUCACCAGAACCACUUGGAUUCUUAUACUUGCAGUCAGAAGGUAUCUAUUCCUCAGCCGUGGUAGAAUAAAAAGUGCUUAAAAAUUACUGCUAUGGAUGCUGAUUUCCGAUUUCCAUGAACUCCUUGGCAAUAAUAAUGUGGCUUCAUGAUUUAGAGAAACAGGUUUAUUUACCGAAUUUCUCUAGUAGGAAGCCCUUCUGGGAGCAGAAGAUGCUGUUCUUGUUAGGGUAUAACCUAUGGCCUGCAUUGGAUACGAAUAACAUGCAUUCCUGUAGCUUUAUCCAUAGAAUAAGAUCUACUAUUAGAGAAUGCACAAUUUUCUGUUCUGCAAAACUGUUUGUGUAGCUUCCAAAGUGACACUUGUUGUUAAUCAUUUGUGAUUAUAGUUUUAUCA